AUGACUCCCAGGAGGGAUCAGGCCGAGACCAUGGACAUGGAUGACUUCCACGCCAACUGGGCUGCUACCACAGCUGCUGAGCAGGCCAAGAUCCUCAAGUCAGAACCAAUGAGGCGGCUUACCUCAAAGAGUUCCACAGGAAGCCACAAGAACAGGACUAUCAAGGCCUCUUCAAGCAAGAGCCGCCCAAGACUUCAGACAUCUCUGUCUCAAAUGUCCAAUUUUGAAGUCACAGGUAAUGCAUCAUCCGCCUACUCGGAAGGAUCCUUGAGCAACGGCCGCAUGAUGGAUGUCCAGCAGUAUCUUUUCCAGGACUCGGAUGCUUUGUCUGUUUCUUCACAGCCCAUGUUCUACCCAAACCUGAUGACAAUGACUCCGGAUGGAAUGCCCUACUCUGACAUGGCUGUAAGCCACGUGGACCCUACAUGCACUCAGAUGCAAGUGGAAUUUGACACGAGUCUGACGAGCGACUCGCCGUCACACUCUUGGGACAACUUCAGCACCGGUUCCGAUGGAUCCUCGCCUCAUCAUGAUGAUUCCUGGCUUCAGCCCCUGCCGGACUCGCCCCCAGACAGCCAUGAGAACUCCCCUAUUUUCCGAGGACAGUCACAAAGGUUGAACGGGAAACUUGGAUCCCAACAAGUCAUGGCCACCGAGGACCUUACUGGAAGUGCAAUGACCGCCAUUGGAGAUGAUUUCUCUCUUCCCCCAUCUUGGAGCACCCGCCGCCAGAGCAGCGAAGGUGAGUCUGCAAGGGACCACCCAUUGUACAAGAAUGCGUUUCCCCAAGCGGACGGGCUUUUCCAUUGCCCAUGGGAGGGCCAGGCCAGUUGCAACCACAAGCCCGAAAAGCUCAAAUGCAACUACGACAAAUUUGUCGACUCCCACUUGAAGCCAUACCGCUGCAAGGUCGACUCAUGCGAGAAUGCCCGUUUCUCUUCCACUGCCUGCCUCCUCCGACACGAGCGGGAAGCUCAUGCCAUGCAUGGCCACGGAGACAAGCCCUACCUCUGCUCCUAUGACGGAUGUGACCGUGCCCUCCCCGGCAACGGAUUCCCACGCAACUGGAACCUGAGAGACCACAUGCGUCGUGUCCACAAUGACAAUGGCUCCUCUGUUCAGGCCAAGGCCGCGUCUUCGCCGCCUCCAUCAAGCCGCAAGGAAUCUUCCAAGGGCCGCAAGAGAAAGAACGAUAUCUCCGAGAGUGCCUCCAGCCGGAAGUCGCCCUCAACCAAGUCCAUUCCUGUGGCGGACGUUGCUCCCACCAUGAAGGCCGUGGAGACAGUGCCGAACCAGCACGCGGAUUGGUACGAGCACCAGAAGCACCUGGCCGAUCUUGUCAACGGCUUCACCAACCCGGAAGACCCGUUGGUUCUCCAGCGCCUGGUUGACGCGCAGAACUACGUCCAGGCCAUGUCCAAGAUCUCACGAAACCUGGUCACUCAGCAAAAUGCCAACCUUUUGGAGCAGCCGUACCAGCGGUCCUUCUCUCAGCAGUCCGGUUGA